UCGAACUUUAGUUUGCGAUCUUCAUUGGAGAGGAUCGCUUCGGUAUUCUGUGUAUCGUUUUGUUUCUUUCUUUUUUCCGAUAUAUUCACAUCGUGUGUAUGCAUCAUCGUUGUUGAGUGAAGAAAGAAUAUACGUAUAUUCGACGACCGCGAGAUUUUAUUUUUGUUCCGUUUUUUUUUGGUUCGUUGUAUGUUUAUAUGUGAACAAAUUGCAUUGCAUCGAAAAUUGUUCGUUUGUUCGUUUGUUCGUUUUGCAUUUCGUUUCGUAUAAUUUAAAUUUCGGUUAAGAUUGACUAGAAAACGAUUGGAGAGCGAGUGAAAGAGAGCGCGCACCACUAUUUAACUGACGACAAAACAAAGCCAAAGAAAUCAAUUGGUAUGUUAUCGGUUCGGAAUUUGUGUGCAUAGUGGUCUUCAUCGAUAGAGCUGUUUAUUUGCAAAUGAACGAAUUAACAAUCGUGAAAUAACAUGCGACCACACACUUUGUGAACAAUUUUUUUUUUCUCGCUACAUAAUUUUUUUUCCCCGUUGCGCUCGCUCUCAAAAUACACACAACAAGAGUUUGGCGAAUCAUUUGCAAGCUCACCACAAAUGACUCUUUGACCGAGACGAAAAUGAUACGAUUUCAGCAUAUAUAAUCUAAUAUGAAUAGAAUUUUUAUGAAAUACAAACCGACUGAAAAGGAAACACAACGAGAUAUAAGAAAAAAAAACCAAACAAAACAAAACGAAUCAAAUAAAGAAAAAGUUUCUAUGAAGUGUGUUUUAAACCGAGAUAUAAAAAAAAGUUGUGCAGUGUAAUUAGGAGAUGAAGCAGUACGAGUGGCUCAACGACAAUAAACUGCAACAUAAACUAUUUUGAUUUGGUUAAAUGACUUUUUGUUUACAAACAUCAACAGUGAACGCGCAUUCAUACCGUUUAGGAAUUAUCCAACAAACUUUUACCACUAUUAAAUUUCCAUUUGAAAUUAUACACGCCGUUAAGGUGCCCGAACCGAACGAGGAGAGAAAAAACCGUACCAACAACGGAGAAAACACAUGCAAAUUAACACCAUAUAUAUACAUUGUAAUAAAUGAAUGCAUUAACUGACUCUGUCGAUGCUUCGCGUGAAUGAAUCUAUAUACGAAAAAAGAGUGUCCCGUCACACACACAAUGUGAAAUUAAUCUUAUCAAAUAAUUAAAAGUGCUCUCGCACCAAGUGCCAAACAAAGCUACAUUUAUAAAUAUAAAAUUGCAUCCACGCGGCGACAAUAACUCGAAUUCGAUUUUUCGCAGAGAGAGAGAGAGAACAAGAGCAAGAGGGAAAAGAACCAUCGACCGUAUUAUCGUCACAUAUAAAUAUAUAUUAAUAAGGAUUAAAUGUAACCCGUUUUUAUUAUUCGUCUUCUUUUUCGCUUUCCUCUCUUGCUCGCGUUGAUAUUGUUUUAAAUUGCCAUUGCAGGCGCCAUCGAAUGUGAAUGACAACAGCGACAACCAGCGACGAAAAAAGAACGCGAGAUUUUUGUUUUUCCCAACUGUGGAAUGAAAAAUGAAAUUCACAAUGGUUUUUAAUCAAAGUGUUUUCAAUUGUUGUUAUUGUUCGGUCGUGAAUUUCCGUCGAUUUGUCUAGCGUGCGCGUGGUAGUAUUGGUUUUGUAGUGAAAUUAAAACGUCGCAUAAAAUUGCUGUGAUUAUUAACAAUUUAUGGCAACUGAUUUGAAAUGCAAAAUUCUAUGGUUUUUGCAAUGGAUUUUUCGGCGCCUAUGUGAAUCGAUCGACAGUGGCUGGACAAAAACACAAACGAUAUUUCAAAUGCCUUUGCCGUUGUGUACAUUCACACCAAUGGGAAUGGCUAUGUAAUUACCUAUCGAUGUUUAUGUAGAUAAUCCGACCAAAUCGUCUUUUUCCACAGGAAUAAAAAAGAAAGGUUUUACAACCGAAACAGCAGCAAAAACAACAUAAUUGAUAAUUUCAAUAACGGCGCUAUUGUGUGAAUGGUGUGCGCAUAUUGAAAGUGAGUCAUAACAAAUGAACGGAAAUUAGUCCCGGUCACAUUUUUGAUUUUCUGGGGCGACAAAAUUAGUGGGCUAUUCCAAUCGAUUCCUGACCACCCAUAUACACACAUAGCAUAAAGCAUAUGUGAAUGAAAUUGCCCACUCCAUAAAAUAACCAAGUGCAGUUCGCAAAGUGUGACAAAUAAAUGAACAUCAUAAUCGCAUUGAAUGAGUCAUAAUACUGCAGUUGAUACAUCUGCUUUACGCGCGCGCGCGCACGCUUUUGUUUGUGAUCAUGCCGAGAUAGAGGGAGAACGAGUGAAUUCGGUGACGUAAGGACACGAUUUACUCUAAAGUAAACACCAUAUCAAUACUUAAUUAAAAAUUUUACAAAACGAGAAGCUAUCGGUAUUUUUAUCGUCUUACGCGGUGGAAAAAAAACACUGUUUUCUUCUUCUUUUGCUGUGUGUGACAAACGUGAACGAACACAAUCCGGGCAAACGAAACCGAACGACAGAUGAAUUGAAGAGAAGAAGAAUACAACGACAACGACGACGACGACGAAGGAAAAGAAAAAAAAUGGAUGUGUUUUUAUAUUUAUAAUCUGGUAUUAUCGGUGCGGUAUUUGUCAAUUAUUUUAUCGUAAAUCCAUUUCGGGAAGCAAUAGCCACCAACACGCGGCCUCAAACAAAGAGAGCCCAACAAAAGACACAGCACACCGCGAGCGAAUACAGCAAAAUAAUAAUAGUUCUCAAUACCAACCCAACGACUCAAAUAGAUCUAUACAACACAAUAAUAAAAUCGAACAUGAAUAUUUAUGCAUUCAUUUAAAUUGGAUAAUGUCGUUUUAUUGUUCAACGACAACAUCAUUAACGGAUAAACUAUAUAGCUGAAAACUGCAUCGACGAACGCAGGCCUACCAUAUUUGACAUAAGGAAUAAGCAAAAUGUUCUCCAGAGUGCCAAUAAACCCUAGUUCAGACCUAACACCGACAGCCACAGUUCCAAACGUACCUUCAUUGGCAUCCACUACGAAUGCCGCCGUUACAUCCGAUGAUCAACAAGAAUGGUGGUCGAAUGCUAUUGAGGAGGAUUCAUUUUACUCGUCGUUACCAUUUGAUGCUAGCGAAAGCGGUUUAUGGAAUGGACGAUUUGUGCCGCCACCGCCAAGGCCACCCUUUUGGGAUGACACAGUCACACCGGAUGGCUUAACAACAUGUGAUUUAUGUACUUGGGCAUUACAGGAUCGAAACGCUUUUAGUAUUGAUGGUACAAUUAGUGAAGCAGCGGGAGAACUAGGAUGGACUUUUACGUUAAUUAUAGUAUCAAUAAUUUCAGCUCUUUUAGGUGCUAUCAUCAUGGUUAUAGUCCUUAGGUGUAAGCGAAUAAACAGCCCAAACACAAACGGUUCACGCAAAUUGCCCUGGUGGAGCCGCGUUAAUCGUUCCAAUAUGUCAGCGGACGCAGCACGAAAUAUAACAAUUAAGCAAACAGUAGAUAACAUACGGCCGGGUUCACAUGUGAACAGUAAUUCCGGUGUUUGGACGUGGUUGAGUACACGACGACCAUCGUCCAGUCCAAUCGAUCAGAUGGGCGCUUCAUCUGGUUCACCGGUCGAAAAUCACUAUACCCACAUGAUGGACGAUGCAUACAGUCCCGAACCAACCGAUGAGGCAUUAUACGCUGAACUAGAUCGUGAAUCCAUUCGUUCCGGCAAUCCAUCAUACCAAAAUACCGCUUAUAGUCAAUUCGAAGGCGAACAUGAUAUGCCAAUCGUUUCAUCGGCGCCUAGUUCAGCAUACUAUAGUGAUCUAUCGACGACGGGAAAUAAUGUCGGCUCUAUCGCCUGCUACGAAGUGGUAGGUAAUACCAUAGGAAUGACACAUCUCUCCGCUCCCAUGCCAAAUUGGGAUUGCUCCGAUACAAAUUCAAAUGGACGACGACCACCACGAUUGGCUGCAAUCAACGAAUCAAGUGUACCAUCGGAUUACGUAUAAGUGCCAGUGACUCCCCCAAGAUGACAAUGGUGCGAUGCAAUAUUUCUGUAACACAGUCCCCCCCCCCCCCCCAACACACGUUUACACAUAGAUUCUUUUCAUACAUAAACAAACACACAAAAACUCUUUUAGAUUGGAAACAAAAACAAACAAAACAAUGACAACAACGAUGACUACGACGAUAAAAACAAUAUAUGUACUCGAAUUCUUCGUUCAAUUCUAAUGAAUUUAAUCGACGAGCUUACUUACUUUAGAUAAUUUAUAAAAUAAGCAAAUAGACACCAAUAAGUUAAAGCGUUAAAAAAUAAACGAAGAAAAAAAAGAAGUAAAAAUGUGAUAAUGUUCAACAAGUUAGCGUAGCAUGGAACAUAAAACGAUCAAGAUCAAUGAUCUUGUAAAAUCCAAUAAAAUACAAUUAUUUUCCGAAGAAAAAAAAAA